AUGCAUCACAAAGUCAAUUAUCCACCUCGUCCUCAUCACCUCCUCAACCAUUUCCCGCCGCGGCCGCCGACGGAUUCCAACAAGGAAACAAAGAGCCAGUUCCCUCCGAUGAACUCCACGGCCAACACCCUCCGCUUCUCUUCUCAUCUCUGUCCCCGCUUCCACUCUCCCGCCAAAUCCCCCGCCCUCACCGCCGCUUCCAGAUUCUCAUCCGUCCGAUGCUCCUUCCCCUCCCCGAGCCGCCGCCGUUCUCGCCGCUCCGGCAAGAGGAAACUACUCCAGACCUCGACUUCCACCGCCCGCCCCUCCCUCCACCUAGAUGAUGACCUCGAUCGCGCCGCUUCAGCUCAGAACCUUGAAUUGGUCCUCGACCUCGACCAGCUCUCCUACCUCGCUCGUUCCAACCUCCGCCGGUUCAUCUCUUCCGGAAGGGACGCGUACGCCGACCUCAGCACCCUCGUGUCCUUCGACGAGAGCAGAAGGAUCGUCUUCUCCUGCCGGAAAUCGACCGUGCGGUUCACCGGCAUGGUUUUGCUCUGCGGAUUUGUGAUUGUUUCGGCGGUUAGGGUUUUGGUUAGCCUGGGGAUGGCGUUUAGGCGGAGUGUAGGGUUUAGGCGGGAGAAGGUUGUGGUGAGGAGAGACCGGAGCCUCGGAGGUAGAGAGGUGGUGGUUGCGACGGCAGCGGUGCCGACGGAGAGAGAUGGCGUGAGGUCGAAGAAGAAGAGGUUUGGGAUUUUGGAUAAUCCAUUGUCGUCCCUGAGUCUUGCUGUAGGGGGAAAUGAUUGGAAGAAGUACUUGGCUCGGAGGCAGGACAUGUUGCCGAAAUGGUGGCCGGCGACGGCGGUUGUGGGGCACGUAUUAUUGGAGAAUCAGGAAGAGUAUCAAAAGGAAGCCAAGAGAUUGAUUCGAGCAAUCACGGACUAUAGAACAAGCGGAAAGGAUUUUGCAAUGGACGACAUAAUUCAAUUGCGUCGAAUAUGCAGGACAUCUGGAGUGAAGGUUAGCUUUGACACAACAAACACUCGCGACGCACUCUUCCGUGCAUCAGUUGACUUCAUUUUAAAUUUGUGUAGCAGGAAUCCAAGUUACGGAAGCAUACCUGAGAUUGAUGGUGAAGAUGUCCGGCAGUUCAUUGCUGGUCUUGCUGACAACAUUGGGCUUGAGAGCAUUCGUGCUGCUCGAAUUGUGUCUGCUGGUGUUGCUGCACGCACUCAUUCGUGUUUCUUACAGGCUUGGGCUUUGGACGUGCAAGGGAAACACUCUGAAGCAGUAAUGGAAUUGUUGAGCAUCUGUUCUGUUCUCCACACAUUUCCUCCCGAUGAGUCUUCGCCGGAAAUGGAGAUGGUAGCGGAGGGACUAGGAAAGCACUUAAAGGUCGAGCAGAGGGAACUUCUGAUGGACAUGUUCUGCGUGGCUUGCAGCAGUAAAGAGAGCCAUAAAAGUGCAGCAGAUGCUCUCGGCUUGACGCUCUCAUCUGAAGUAUCUGAAACUGGGCGGCUUCAGGAAGACAGCAGCAGAAGUCCGGUAGAAAGCUGA